AUGUCAGGACAGAAAUACGUCUUCUCUCCAACCUUUAAUCUGAUUUCGUGUCCUUAUGAUAUUCCAAGUCCAAUAUACUCACUGAAUUCUUUUCGUCCUUCGCCAGCAAAUAUUGACAAAGGAUUAGAAGACAAGGCAGGCUUAGAUUGUUUUGAUAAUAGUCUGGCACGAAUGUCGACGCAACAGCGCAGUAGGCCUUUCUCUUGGCAUGAAAGCGGAUUUAAUCAUCACUCGAAGCCACAAUUUGAAUUUGAUUCGUCUUCACUCCCAACGAAAACUCCAUCAAAAUUGGCCUGGUGCUUCGACCCACAAUACGUUAUGGGACAGACACCCGCCUGCAUUGGCUCAGUCCCACUACAGCCUCCAGCGUCGUUGCCGCAUGGAGGUAGUUCGAAAAGGCGCUCAAGCUACACUCUACCCAACAAAAACCAUGAGCAUGAGGGAUCUAUCGUCAAUAUUCGUCGAAAAAGCUCGUUCCAUCGAAAUGAAGCGCCACCAAUAUCACCCCCAAACAUCUCCAUUACGACCACUGUUACUGCAACUGCCCCCUCUCUCACCAGCUGUAACCCCACCAAGAGCAACUGUUUUAAUAGUGUCAAUAUUAGCAACAGUAACAACGGUAACAGCAAUAGCAGGACCAUGCCACACUUCAAAACUGAGUUUUGCGUCAAGUUUCGCGAGAAUGGCUACUGCUCCUUCGGAGAUCGCUGUCAAUUUGUGCAUUAUGACUAUGAACUUCAACGACGAGCGCGCGCAUUAACGUAUAAGACGCGCCCAUGCUGGAGUGGAGAAAGUUGCCCUUACCAGCAGAACCAUGCAAGAUGUAUCUACUUGCAUGGAGACGAGACUGCAGAGAUGUUUGAUGAACAGCGUGGAAUCAGUUUUACAAAAGUUCAGAAGAUUUUGGCGAUGAGGGAGGCGAAGCAACCAAGCCGUGCAUUGCAGCGGAAUGGAAGCAGCGGCGACAUCAAGAGUAGUAGUAGUGUUAGUGGGGCUACUUGUAUUGCUACUGGUAUUAGUGGCAACAGCAGCAAUAAUAUAAAUGGCUGCAAUAGUAAGUAUAGCAACAGUCUUGUUACUGCUUACAGCAGCGAUGAAAGGCCUUCUGGCCAAGAGCCGAUCAGACCAUACACAACUGGACAUACACCAACUGUGACCACGACCUCAACAGAUGAAGGAGCCUUAGAGUCGGAGAGACAGAACAAGCGAUAUGAUGGUUACUGGCCCGCGUAUCUACCUCCGAUAGGAGCGACGCGUCCUCAUUCCGAUAAUGCACAAGUAGAUAUUGUUAUUGAUGAAAUACAUCGCGCAGAGAAAAAAUCCGUCGUUGCUUCGGAGCAGCAGCUGCACCAGCCAUCUCUGGGAACACCAAGAACAUCAGCAGCAACAAUUACAACAAUGUGCCAAAAUGACUCCAUACCACCACGUCUCGUCACGAGACCUCGUACUAUUAUCACACGAAAAGCACAAACACAAGUACUAAGUAAUUUAUUCUCGUCCCCUGACAAAACUCGGGCAAAUAGGCCUGCAUCUGUAUCUAUACCUGACCUCUUUUCCCCGUCAGGAACCAUGCCAGAUAUUGACGUCCCAUUCGCAUCAGAAGGUCUACUUGACGAAUGGGAAGACCCUUGUUUUAAUGAUAUUCCUCAACAAGAAGCGGAUACAUUUCUACACCGCAGUGCUGUUAGUGACCAUGAUAUCAAGGUGUGGUUUUUGGAUACUGAAAAUACUGCAACGAAUAAGGGCUUGUGGCAAAGGGAGGAAGAGAAUAAUUUAUCUAACAUUGAUUGUCCAAGCCCAAAGCAGACAUAUGCAACAAUACGUUACAGGAUGACAGGCCUGAUAGCUGGAUUGGUGAGUAAUAUUCCAGCAACUUCUGAUGCGAAUCAGCCGGCCAGUUAUUACAAAUUAUGGUAA